UCCAUGCAGUACAGAGUCGGAGCUUUUGGGUUUCUCUAUUUGAACAAGCAUUUCACCAACAGCGAGGAGGCACCUGGGAAUAUGGGUCUGUGGGACCAGGCUCUCGCGCUCAGGUGGCUCAGAGACAACGCUGUCGCCUUCGGAGGUGAUCCUGAUUUGAUUACCAUCUUCGGAGAGUCUGCUGGAGGCAGUUCU